CUUUAUAGCGACGACCACAUCUCCAGACCAUAGGGUUUCACUACCACUCUUCGGUACCCAUGGGUGACAUCACAGGUAAUCACUACGGGGUAGGGAGUGUGCCUCGGUGUGAAGAGGGAUAAGAGCUGAGGACAGUUAGACUUUCUCUCCUGAUGCUGGGGUUUGUCUGCACCGAGACGCCGAAGGAGACGUCGCUUCUGCACGGCAGCCACUCGGCACUCGAACCCAGCGUUCACAAUAAGAGCAGCUAAUACGGACAGAGGUCACAUUUACACCAAAUAAUCCAGAAUACAAGAGAGCUGGUGGAAUUUGAGAGCCGAUUACACACCGAAACACACCGCAGCAACAGGACUUCUACUUUUCUUUUCCAUAUUUAACUUUUUAAAGGACUUUUUGGAAAUCUCCUGCAGGACUUGAGACGACCUGAACGUGUUAUUUUUACAGAAGUUUUUGCACUUUUUAAGAACCAAGAUAUUCUUUGUGAUUGGGGGAGAUGACAUGCAAUGAAAUGAGUCUGAUUUAGCAGAUGCUGGAACGGAAACACACCAUUGUUGCAGAUUCAAGCACUCUGAAGGAUCCUGGGAGCCAACAACCAGAACUAGCGCCGUAGAUUUUAGGUCACAUAGUCGGGUGUUGUUUUCUGCAGAAGAAUGGCGUUUGGGGACAUCCUUGAGCAGGUGGGGAGCACAGGGCGCUUCCAGGUGCUGCACGUGACCCUGCUCUGCACGCCGGUCCUGAUGAUGGCCAGCCACAACCUGCUGCAGAACUUCGUGGCCGCGGUGCCUCCUCACCACUGCAGCGCUCCUUCCAACGUGUCCCAGGCCCAGCUCAGCUCGGAGGAGGCUCUGCUCGUCACGGUGCCGCUGGACCAGGCGGGGAGGCCUCUCCGGUGCCAGCGAUACGUGACUCCACAGUGGCACCUCCUGGCCGGGAACGGGACCUCCACCCUAGAGGAGGACCUGGACGUCAGCCUGGAGGAAUGCAGGGACGGAUGGUCCUAUCAGAUGGUUGAGAGGGACACUACGGUCAUAUCUGAUUGGGACUUGGUGUGUGACAUGCGCUCGUUGAAGCAGAUGGGACAGACCAUCUACAUGGGGGGCGUGCUUCUGGGCGCUUUCAUCUUCGGAGGCCUUUCAGAUCGAUACGGCCGGCGCAUCCUCCUGCUCAUCUCCAACCUGCUCAUGGCCGUGUGUGGAACCUGUGCCGCCUUCUCGUCCUCCUUCUCGCUCUUCUGCCUCUUCCGGUUCGGCUGCGGCAUGGCCCUGUCCGGCCUGGCGCUCAACACCUUCUCGCUCAUUGUGGAGUGGAUUCCCACGCGGGUGCGAACCGUCACCGGUACGAUCACGGGCUACUCGUACACGCUGGGCCAGCUGGUCCUGGCGGCGCUGGCCUACUUCAUCCGGGACUGGCGGUGGUUGACCCUGGCGGUGUCGCUGCCCUUCUACGUCUUCUUCCUCAUCUCGUGGUGGUUCCACGAAUCCUCCAGAUGGUUGGCGCUGAAUAACAAACCCGAGCAAGCGGUCAAAACUCUUCAGAGCGUUGCCAGAUUCAACGGACGGCACGAGGAGGGAAAGAAGAUUGACGUUAAGAUGCUCCAGGAGUCCAUGAAGAAGGAGAUGUCCUGCUCGCAGGGUUCCUACUCGGUCCUGGACCUGUUCCGAACCCCAGCGAUGAGGAUCAUGACCAUCUGCCUCAGUGCCGUCUGGAUGUCGACCAGCUUCGCCUACUACGGCCUGGCUAUGGACCUGCAGAAGUUCGGGGUGGACUUCUACCUGAUACAGGUGAUCUUCGGCGCCGUGGACAUCCCUGCCAAAGUGGUCGUGACCGUGUGCAUGAGCUUCAUUGGACGCAGGCCGUCCCAAGCCGGCGCGCUCAUCUUUGCCGGAGUCACGAUUUUGAUCAACCUACUGGUGCCGCUAGAUCAACAGACUGCACGCACGUGUCUGGCCGUGCUGGGGAAGGGCUGCCUGGCGGCGUCCUUCAACUGCUGUUAUCUCUACACCGGUGAGCUGUAUCCAACCAUCAUCCGCCAGAACGGCAUGGGAUGGUCGUCCAUGAUGGCGCGCGUCGGAGCAAUGGUGGCCCCGAUGGUGCUGCUCAGCGGCGACUACAUUCACUGGCUCCCGGGCCUCAUCUACGGAGGAGCUCCCAUCCUCGCCGGGGUGGCUGCGGUGUUCCUCCCAGAAACCCUCGGGACGCCCCUCCCCGACACAAUACAGGACGUGGAAGAGAGGGGAGCCCAGAAAAGCUCCACAAUGUCUCCAAAGGAAGCAAUAAUCCUGCAAGACACGCAGGCCAAUCUGCUCAAGCAACCGGCCUGAGACCUCACCGCGGUGCUUCUCCUGGUGGUCCGCCGCUUCACGGACGCAUGCACCAGUGUGCUAAAGAAAAUAGAUGGGUCCUGUUUCAUUUUUUCUCUCCACUCACAUGUAUAUUUGAUUUUUUUCACAAAGAGUUUUAUUUUAUGUCAUGAAUGCUGGAUAGACGGGUCAGGAAAUGACAGGAAGGCUGCAGAAACAGACGUCGGCAUGUUAGUGAAACAACUCUUAUAGCACCACUAGACCUACUGUACAACCAAAAUCAUUUUUUAUACAUAUAUAUAUUUCUUAAAUAUGUAUGCAAUAAAUCAUUUAAUUAAGCCUUCGGCCGAUUUAGGACUGUCCUAUCACGUGUUUUUAUAACUUCCUGCGUUAUGUUGUUUGUAAAUAUUUUCAUGGGGAUCAGUUCCUGUUUUUUAAGACAAAUACCAGGAGAAAAUUAUUUGUUUUAGUUCUUUUUACCUUGCAUCACAAGCUGCUAUCUCAACUCCCUGAAACAAGUCAGGACAAGAAAAGCGAGUCACUGCUACCCGAGAUAAAUGUGCCCCGCAGCGGGACCCGGGACAACAGCGGCGGCGGGGAAGCACCGGCAGUAUCUGAUGUUCACGGCCGUGUCCUGAACUAACUCUUCCCCCAAAAAGAGAAAAUCAAUGAGUAAAGCUGCAGAUAAGGAGUAUCGUCCCUGCACGUGUUGGCUCCAGUUCCACUAGGCAGUUCCUUCGCACACGAGGUCGAAGUGAUUCCCAAUCUUUAGACAUUAACCCUCUUGACCUCACGAGCGUCGCUCCGUGGCUGUAAAUGGUUGAAGAGGGCUCAUUUACAUAAAUCACAGCAGCAGGAUCUUAGUUUUUUAUUUAAAUUACUUCUGAACUUUGCUAUUUCUGUGAUAAAUGCGACGAGAGGAGUUUAUUCAAAGUGAAUCUAGAGUCUUUUGUAACUUAACUUUGUGAAACUUCACUUGUUUUUCAUGUGUUGAUGUGCCGAGCGUGCAGCAUAUGAAUAACUCACACAGCAGCGAUGAUGCACAUUGUUACAACAAAUUUAUUUUCUUAGUCUUUUGUGCAUGUUUUGUAUACACCAUGAACCUUAAGAAUUAAAAUUGAAAAGAAAUAUUACCCCAAA